GGCAGAAGGGACAACAGUGGAGGGGAGGACAGGGGGAUGUGUGGGCACUGCCACAUCAGGAAGGACCCAGCGAGGGUGGGACUGACCCCACAGCUGGGCAGGAGCAGGGAUUUGCAUCCCACAGGCACAUCCCAGGGGCUGGGGGGGGGGUUACCCCUGUGUUCAGAGUGGGGGGCACUGGUGUCACCCACCCCAGCAUGGGCUCAGUGCGAAGAGUGACACGAAGUGGCUGCAGCAUCCCACUCCACCCUCUCCCUGGGUGGGAAUUCCAGCAGAUCCCAUCCCUGCAAACACAGAUUAAGCAGUAAACGGGUUCUUUUCCCCCCUCCCAGCCAGCAGCAGCAGCAGCAGCAGCAGGAGGAGGAGAUGACCCACCAUGUCUGAGGGCAGCAGGGGCCGCUCGCCGGCCUUCGGCCAGGUGGUCAUCGGGCCACCGGGCUCCGGGAAAACCACCUACUGCCACGCCAUGAGGGAAUUCCUGGCGAGGAUCGGGCGCAGGGUGGCCGUGGUGAACCUGGACCCCGCCAACGAGGCGCUGCCCUGCCCCUGCGAGCUGGACAUCGCCCAGCUCGUCACCCUGCCCGACGUCAUGGGCAGCCUCGCGCUGGGCCCCAACGGGGGGCUCCUCUACUGCAUGGAGUACCUGGAGGCCAACGUGGACUGGCUGCAGGAGAAGCUGGAGGGGCUCAAGGGGCACUACGUCCUCUUUGACUGCCCCGGGCAGGUGGAGCUCUACACGCACCACAGCUCCCUGAAGAACGUCUUCGCCCACCUGGCCAAGUGGGAUUUCAGGGGAGGUCGAUGCGUGCUGGGACCCUUUUUUCCCCUGCCCUGUGAGGAGCCCCAGGUGACAUCCCAGGCCCUGCCUGCCCUGCCUGCACCCCGUGGGACGUGCCCUGGGCCUCCUUGCACAAUGGGAGAUGCAGAUGAGGCCGUGCAGCUGGCUGCAGUGCAUCUGGUGGAUUCCCACUACUGCACAGACCCUGGGAAGUUCAUCUCCGUGCUCUGCACCUCCCUGUCCACCAUGCUGCACGUGGAGCUGCCCCACAUCAACGUCCUCUCCAAGAUGGACCUGAUCGAGCAGUACGGGAAGCUGGCUUUCAACCUGGAUUAUUACACUGAGGUCCUGGAUCUCUCUUACCUGGUUGAUCAUUUGGCCUCUGAUCCCUUCUUCAGGAAUUACCGCCGCCUCAACGAGAAGCUGGUGGAGGUGAUUGAGGACUACAGCCUGGUGUCCUUUGUCCCCCUCAACGUCCAGGACAAGGAGAGCAUGCGGCAGGUGAUGCGGGCGGUGGACAAAGCCAACGGCUACUCCUUCGGAGACCAGGAGCACAGGAGCCUGGAAGCUCUGAUGUCAGCAGCAGUGGGAGCUGAUUUCCACUUCUCUUCCACCCUUGCAGUGCAGGAGAAGUAUGUGCAAUCUCAGGACAAAGCCGUGGAAGAAGAGGUGAUGGAUCUGUGACACGCCCUUCCACGGCUCCUCUCUGUUUUGACACCUCUCCUUUUUUCCUACCGGGAGCUUAAGCUGUGACUCAGAGCAAGUGAAAGCCCUUCCAGACAUAGUCUGGCUGCUGGACUCCCUCUCUGGGUGGGUUUGAGCUCCCAAGCUUCUGCCCUGCUGCACAGAGCAGCGAUUUGGCAGAGAGGAGGUGGCUGAGGGCAGGAUGAGCCGGGUCUUUCCUUAGGAACAGAGAGGUUGAGCAGAGAAGGCAGGAUUAGCAAGGAAAAGAAGAGAGAUAAAAAUCUCCUCUUCCCCAUCAUGACCAAGACAGAUCCAGAGAAAGAAAAAUCAGUUGGAGCUGCCUCAUCUGCAGAGGGACUUGAGACACAAGUUCUGGGUUUGCUGCAGGAGGAACGUGCACGGCCCUCGUGCUCCGGGGAGCAUCCGGGCGGAGACGCCUCCACUCCGUCUCGAGGACAGAAAGAUGUUUGUUUUUCUUUUUCUUGGAAAUAAUGAUGGACUCUUUCUUAAUAAAAGAACUCCUUCGCCUCA